UUGAUACUUAUUAUUUUUAAUUUUGAGUAUACUAUUUAAAAUUUUAAAAAGCAAUUAAUAUUUAAUCGUAUUAUUUGUUCGAUUAACUUAACUUUAAAAGUUUAAAAUGUUUGAAAUUUGUACUUACUGUUAUAAAUAACACGACACGGAUAGAAUAAAAAAAUUAAUAUUGUAUAAAAUGACUGAAUCAAUUGACAAAUCUAAAAGAAAACAAUUUGGUAACAGGUUUUUAAAAACCGACGAUGACGUUUUUAAACAUAAUGCUUGGGAUAAUGUGGAAUGGAAUGAAGAACAAGAAAUACAAGCUAUGUCUCAAGUAUGUGCGCAUGUGAAAACAAAAAUGCCUUCAGAAAAAGCUGCUGAUUUAGAAGAUAAUGCUGAUGAAUAUUGGAAUAAGUUUUAUUCUGUCCACCAAGAAAAGUUUUUUAAGAACAGAUGUUGGUUAUUUACUGAAUUUCCAGAAAUAACUCUACUUAAAAAUGAAAAAUCAAGCGCUAUAUUAGAAGUGGGAUGUGGAGUUGGAAAUUCAGUCUUUCCUAUAUUAUCACACUGUGCAGACAGCAAUGUACAUGUGUACUGUUGUGAUUUUUCUUCAAAUGCCAUACAAAUCCUAAAAGAAAAUUCAGAAUACAACAAAGAACAUUGUACAGCAUUUGUAUGUGAUAUAACUAAUGAUGAAUGGAAUCCUCCAUUUGCUUUGAAGAGUUUGGAUGUUAUAUUAUUGGUUUUUGUUCUUUCUGCUAUACAACCUGAAAAAUUAAAACAAGUAGUAGGUAACUUUUAUAAGUACUUGAAACCAGGAGGUAUGGUAUUAUUUCGCGAUUAUGGCAGAUACGACAUGGCACAGCUAAGAUUUAAAGAAGGGAGAUGCAUAUCAGAAAAUUAUUAUAGUAGAGGUGAUGGAACAUUGGUAUACUUUUUUACUCAAGACGAUGUUAAACAAUUGUUCCUAGAAGCAGGCUUUGAACAAGUUCAAAAUAUUGUUGAUCGCCGUAUGCAAGUAAAUAGAGGUAAACAGUUAAAAAUGUAUCGUGUUUGGAUUCAAUGUAAAUUUAAGAAACCCAUUUUGUAAUAAAUCUUGAAUAUAUUAUACUUAACAAAAAAUUUUUUAAAUUGUAUUUUAUAUUAAUUCCUA